AUGCUCCACGAUUACUUGCCAUCCAAAAGUCCACCGCACAAAAAUCUGGUGUCUUCAACUUUUCGUCUUGUCAAAGAUGCAGUCUCAACUUCGACUUCGGGCGUCACCGUGGAUUUCCAAGUCUACCAACCAGUAUAUACUCCCUCUGGAGCAACAGCCGAGACCACUCAGGCCAAUGGAUCAGAAAAUACCACAGUAGUUGCUCAAACGAAUGCCACCAGUUUCUGUCAAGUUCUAUUGAUGCAGCACACCUUUGCGUUCAGCUAUGGGCUCCCAUUUGUUGGAGCCUACACACCACCUAAAUGCAAGUUCAACAGGGUCACAAUGAAUUUUACAGUAACCUCCAAAGGUCGUCAAUUUGACAGAUUGGCGUUGAUGUAUUUCAAUGACACUGAAGUGUGGCGUACUUCCACCGCUGAACCAACAGCUAGUGGUAUCCGCUGGGAAUACAUCAAGGACAUGACCGAGUUCAUGUACUUCUGGGAAUCACCCCAGAAGUUGAUUUUUGACCUUGGAAAUCUCAUUGACGCCACUUAUACUGGCGCUUUUAACACCACACUGACAGCCACAUUUUUCACUGCUCAAGAGACAGUCGACACUGCGGAUCUGAUUCUUCCGAUCUCAGCAAGGCAAGGCUCCGUAAACGCAGCAAGUGUCUUCGUGUUGCCAAGCCUCAAUGCAAGCAAUACUAUAAGCUUUCCCCGGAAUGCCAACCGUGCAGUCUUCGCAGUAUCUGCUUGCGGACAAUCUACGGAGGAAUUCUGGUGGAGCAAUGUCUUGCAAUCGAAUACCAACACGUUCGUUCCCUACGAUGGCACUCUUUACGGCUACUCUCCGUUCCGUGAAGUGCAGGUAUUGAUCGAUGGACAACUUGCUGGAGUACAAUGGCCAUUCCCAGUCAUUUUCACUGGUGGAGUAGUGCCUGGAUUGUGGCGACCCAUUGUCGGUAUCGAUGCUUUCGACCUGAGAGAACACGAGAUUGACAUCACGCCCUGGCUCCCGCUUCUCUCUGAUGGAAAGCAACACACUUUUGAGAUCCGAGUAGCAGGUAUCAUUGACGAUGGAAAGAGGAGUGGCUAUCUCACACCAACCGUCGGCAGCAGCUGGUACGUCACGGGAAAGAUCUUCCUUUGGCUCGACGGAGAGCACUCCAUCACCACGGGAUACAAACCCAACGUUUACGAACCAGCGCCCCUGAUCAGCCUCUCCCAGUCCUACACGCAGAACGCCACCGGUGCCAACCAGACUCUCACUUACACAACCAACGUGAACCGGUACCUUUCUAUCUCAUCUUACGUCCAAACUCAACACGGUCCACCUCGCCUCGUCUCCUGGACGCAAAACCUCACCGUGACAAAUUGGGGCCAAUACACAGACGCCGGCGCCGUGCAAACGAACCAGCAAAACACCAUGGGCGUUGACCAAUCCCAAGGAGGGACCUUCUACAAGGCCUCCUAUUCAUACCCCUUGUGGGCUAACUCGAGCUACUUCGUGGAACCCAGCGGCAACUUCACCCUUCAAGCAACGCUCAUUCGUGGUCUAAAUCUAGACGUUCAAGGCACGCCUGUCUUCCCCACCGGUCUGCAGCCUUUCCAGCAUAUCGACCGCGGCGCCCCGCUCGUCUCGGGCUUCUCGGGCACCUCGCUCAGAACGAUGCAAAAUGGCUCUGCGUACUACUUUGCCAGCCCGAGCGCGAAUGUCAGUUUUACGUACGGAAGCACCGCCCAGGACUUCACCUUCAGCGGGAUCGAUACCAGCAACGUCGUCACAGAUACUGAGCUGUAUUAUAGGAGUGUGGAAGCUGUGAACGGGACGAUUGUGAGGGAUAAGGAGAAUGUUGUGGGUAUGGAGAUUGGGAAUUACGGAUAUCCGCUUUAUGCGGUGCCGUAUGGGAUGUUGGUGCAAGGAGUUACGACUCCAAAGGUGGCUCUGGGGAGAGGUCCUGGGAAUCCAAAGCAGCAACUUAUCCAGGGGGAGGGAAGUUGA